AUGCGGAGAUCACGUAUUGAGAAGAUAGAGCAGUAUGCACGCUACCUUCGACAAGAUAUUCCAUCCGUGGAUGAUGAUAGGAAUACUCUCUGUCAAUGUACAAAUCUUCGAGCGUUUGGAAAGAAUUGUGAAUAUUUAUUACCGGUCGAAAAUGACACAUUUGAGGUUACACUUAAUUGGGAAAUUCAUCUGCGAUUUUUCCAUCAAGAAUACGCUCAAAAUUAUAGUGACAUUCUAUGUUAUACUACACUGGUGUGUGAUUCGGGUCGUCUAUGUCUCUACUGGUGGGAUAUCUGUGAUGGAGUUCAGCAAUGUAUGUUCGGUUAUGAUGAAGAAACGUGUGAUCUUCUUGAAUGCAAUGAAUGUGAUGAUGAUGAAUAUCGUUCUAUGAAUGGAAUGUGUAUUUCCCGAAGAAUAUUUUCUCGGUGGUAA